AUGCAAGAGGGUUUCUACAUGGGAGCUUGGAAUUUGCAUUUGGGGUCUGAGAAGUUUCCCCUUCUGCUUGGUCAGAUGAGAAAUGAGAGUGGUUCUCUGGGCCAAGGGUGCCUGUCAGGCUGGAUUGCCCUUGAAGAAACCUUCUAUAUACUUUUCCAGUCAUUGGAAAGAAAGAAAGAGGGGGGGGGAACCAAACAAAACAGAAAGAGCUGUUCUUCAUUGAGACAGACAUAUGUUAAGUAUCAGUUUCAAUUUGUUUCCAUUCAUCCUGACUAUCAUACAUUUAGUGAUCGCAUGCUAGUAAAUUCGCAAAACUACAACCUCAAGUAG